AGAAGCAACAGUCUCAUCAUGGUUGCGCAGACUCACUGGAUGCUGCUUCUCUACUUUCUGCUCCAGCUUCAGGGACCCCUAGGGACUGUAGUUUUUGUAACCCAGGAGGAAGCACAUGGUGUCCUACACAGACAAAGGCGUGCCAACUGGCUCCUGGAGGAACUUUGGCCCGGCUCCCUGGAGAGAGAGUGCAAUGAAGAGCAGUGCUCCUUUGAGGAGGCCCAAGAGAUCUUCAAGAGCCCUGAGAGGGCCAAGCAGUUCUGGACUGUUUACAGUGAUGGGGACCAGUGUGCCUCGAAUCCAUGUCAGAACGGGGGUACCUGCCAGGAUCAUCUCAAGUCUUACGUCUGCUUCUGCCUCCUAGACUUUGAGGGUCGGAACUGCGAGAAAAACAAGACUCAGCAGCUGAUCUGUGUAAAUGAAAACGGUGACUGUGACCAGUACUGCACAGACCACGUAGGGACCAAGCGUACCUGCAGCUGUCACGAGGGCUACGAGCUUCAGCCUGAUGAGGUGUCCUGCAAACCAAAAGUUGAGUACCCAUGUGGGAGAAUACCUGUCAUAGAGAAAAGAAACUCCAGCAGCCGCCAAGGCCGGAUUGUAGGAGGCUAUGUGUGCCCCAAAGGGGAGUGUCCGUGGCAGGCUGUGCUGAAAAUCAAUGGGUUAUUGCUGUGUGGGGCCGUCCUGCUGGACACCAGAUGGAUAGUGACCGCAGCCCACUGCUUUGAUAAUAUCCGGAACUGGGUAAACAUCACAGUGGUGAUGGGUGAACAUGACUUCAGUGAAAAUGAUGGAACGGAGCAAAUACGGCGGGUAGUACAGGUCUUCAUGCCCGACAAGUACAUCCGAGGCAAGAUCGACCAUGACAUUGCCCUGCUCCGCCUUCACCGGCCUGUGACCUUCACUGACUAUGUGGUACCCCUGUGUCUGCCUGAAAGGGCCUUCUCCGAGAACACACUAGCCAGAAUCAGCUUGUCGAUGGUCAGUGGCUGGGGCCGGCUACUGAACCAAGGUGCCACAGCCGUGGAGCUCAUGUUUAUCGAGGUGCCCCGGCUGUUGACUCAGGAUUGCUUGGAGCAUUCCAAGCACACUCCUAAUACCCCCAAAAUCACAGACAACAUGUUCUGCGCUGGCUACAUGGACGGUACCAAGGACGCCUGCAAGGGUGACAGCGGUGGCCCACACGCCACACGCUACCGUGGCACAUGGUAUCUGACAGGUGUGGUCAGCUGGGGGGAGGGCUGUGCAGCUACUGGCCAUGUUGGGGUGUACACCAGGGUCUCCCAGUACACAGACUGGCUGGUCAGACUCAUGGACUCCAAGCUGCAGGUUGGGAUUUUUCGAGUCCCACUGUAGCUCCUUGGACAGCCCAACCCAUCCCAAGAAGGAAGCUUCAGCUUGUGGUGCUGUUUUGUAUCAAAUUCUAUUGACUUUCCUGCUAUCCUUUGGGUGAGGGAGAACGAGAUAAAGAGAGAGUGAAGAAAGCAGAGGAGGAGGGAAAUGAGAGAGGCUGGGAGAGGGGAAACAAAGCAGGGGUGGGAAGAAGUCUGAGUCAGAGAGUAACAAAGACAUUCAGAGGGGCUGAGCAGUGCAGUCACAGACAGGCAGCCAAAGGGGCAGGGUGUCCCUGAGGGAGCAAGACUCAGACCUUGCUCUGUCUCCCCUCAGCUGCCUCCUGUCUGCAUGUGUUCAGUCUGCAGUGCUGCACAGUCAGUGUGCACCUGUGCACAUAGGACACGUGAAUGUGCACGCAUGCGUGUGCAUGUGUGUGCACUCAAGUUGCAUGCAUCAUUUGCACUGCUGUUCCCUUUUGUUUCGUGUGAGCACCCCAUCUUUGUCUCAAUUAAAUGAGAAAUGUCGUC